GCCGGCCAAUGAGGAGCCGGGGAGGAGGAUUCCCGCUCCCGCGGCCGCCCAGCCGGCUUUUUAAACUGGACUCUGGGGACCGCUGUCCAGGAGCACGCGGAGGAGUGGAGGAGAGUGGAGGCUGGGGGUAGAAUAGGAGAGCCCUAAGGGAAGGGACUCUAGGGGCUUGACGAUUCAGUGUCAAGGCUGGCUUAGAUCAGGGACGGGAAAACCCAGAGGCGGUGGAGGAGACACCAAGCUCCAGGCAGGCCGAACGAAGUGCGCGGAAGAUGGAGUGGAAACUGGAGCGCACCGCCCCGCGGAGGGUCCGCACCGAAGAAGAGAUGCUGUGGGAGAAUGUCAUGCGAGUGCUCGCCAAAGACCUGAAGCAGAAGAGAAGUCAAGGUUCCUCUCAGGUAUUUGACGCAACGAAUACUACAUAUUCUAACUUUAAGAGCGACUUUUUGAAGAGGCUGUCAGCUGAGGUUCCUGUUGCCAGUAGCCCAAUUACCACAAGAUGGCAGCAAAGCCAAACCAAGGAUAUGGCAGCCUAUUCCUUUGGGGAAGGGUAUUCAACCACCGACCUCCCAGAAUCUCCUGAAUCAGUGCUGAAGAUGACUGUUGAGAAAGAGACCUUGAUUCAAGAAUCCUACGAAGAGCCCUUGAAGACCCCCAUCAAAGGGAGCUUUGAAACAAAUAACUCUGUUCUCCAUUUUUGCAAGACACCUCAUUCACUGGACAGAAGCUGGAAGAAAAACGUUGCCUCCAAAGGCCAGAAAUGUUUAAAUCAGCUACUUUCCAUCCAGAAACAGGCUCACCAGGAUAAGGGAAAAAUGCAGCUCUGUGAGCAAUCACAUUGUGUUUGGAAAGGCUGCAGAGAUGGAGUCAGAGAUGAAGGCUUCCAUCUUAAAAGGUUCAGUGAUAUAAACUAUUCCAUACUCCAACCAGAAGUGAAGAUUCAUCUCACUGGUCUUCGAAAUGACUACUAUCUGAAUAUCUUAGACUGGAAUUUUCAAAAUCUUGUUGCUAUAGCCCUUGGAUCUUCUGUGUAUAUCUGGAAUGGGGAAAACAGCAAGAUUGAAAACAUAGACUUAAGUCUCACUUGUAACUAUAUAUCAUCUGUGUCUUGGAUAAAAGAAGGGACCUGCUUGGCAGUUGGCACCAGCGAGGGAGAAGUGCAAUUAUGGGAUGUAGUAACUAAAAAUCAGCUGAGAAAUAUGCUUGGCCAUUUAUCGGUCGUUGGGGCUCUAAGCUGGAAUCACUGUUUCCUUAGCAGUGGAUCGAGGCUGGGGCGUGUUUAUCACCACGAUGUUCGGGUAGCCCAGCAUCAUGUUGGAACACUUCACCACAAGCAAGCUGUGUGUGCUCUGAAGUGGUCACCGGAUGGCAAGCUGCUUUCUAGUGGCUGUAGUGACGGAUUGUUGACUAUAUGGCCCCAGGAUCCUGGUGCGAAUGCACAGGGUCAACCACUAAAAGUCAUAUCCCAGUCUACAGCAGUCAAGGCCAUGGAUUGGUGCCCCUGGAAGUCUUCAGUACUUGCUGUUGGAGGAGGAAUGAAAGAUGGACACUUACAUAUCUUGGAUCUAAACACUGGGGAGAGCAUCCAGUCUCCAAGCACAAAUUCACAGAUUUGCUCCCUUAUCUGGCUACCUAAGACAAAGGAGAUAGUGACUGGCCAAGGUGCUCCCAAGAAUGACAUAACCGUGUGGACCUGUCCCACUCUGGCCAGGUCGGGCCACAGUGGCAGAGUGCUGCACCUGGCGUUGAGUCCAGACCACACCCGAAUUUUUUCAGCUGCAGCUGAUGGGACAGCCUCUGUGUGGAAAUGCUGCUAGUCACCCAGACCCUCUAUGCUUCAGUUUCCUCCUUUCUAAGUGAGAACAAUUGUAUUAGACUUGUCUUCUCCAUGGGCUUGUUAUGAGUAUCAAACAAGAUGAAGAACCUUUCUUGAUGUGAAUGCCUGUUUUCCUGACCUUUUUUCUCAGAUUAGUUUGCUUCUCUUCCAUUCAUUGCAUUUUUUCAGAGAUUUUGUCUCUCACCCUCUUUUCUUUUCGCUCUACUUAGCUCUUCUCCUUCCUCUUUCUCCUCUUCUUUCUCCUCCUCCUCCACUUCUUCUUCCUUCUCACUAUCUUAUUUUUUUAGAGACCCAUUUCAUUGCUUUAGCCAGAAUAUUUAUAGCAAAGAUCCUUACAUACUUCUUUCCCACCGUGACUUUUCUCCAAAGCUCCAAACUCACAUUUCUGAUUUGCUUCUGAAUAUUUCCCUUAUGAAACCAUUCUCAUUUUUAGCUCAAACUCGAUACAGGGAAAAUACAACUCAUUCAUUAUGUCAGUGGAGUCCAUGGGAGGUGCAAGUGGUUAAGUACUUGGCUGCUAACUAGAAUGUUGGCAUAUUGAGCCCACUCAGAGGUGCGUCAGAAGUAAAACCUGGCGAUCUGCUUCCAAAACCCCAUGGAGUGCAGUUCCACUUUGCAACACGUAGGGCCACCAUGAAUUAGAAUCAACUUGAUGGCAAC